UUGCCGAACUGUCAAUCGGUUGCAAGUACUUCAACAUGCCACGUCGACCGUCGUAUUCUCGUUUUAUAUUUGAGACAACGGAAACUACACGAACAUUUCGUCAUCAGCGUUAUAUAAAUGAUUAUUGUGUGGAUUGUGAUACCUGUGUGAAUGUUGUACAUGCCCAUGAGCCCUACAGUCAUCACUGGCUAAAUGGAUCAAGUGGAGCGAAUGCCAUAUCACUGGGCCUUGAGGAGAAAUUACUAUUGAAACGCAUUGAGAGGGAACGCAUUGAAACAUUUUUACUAUGCGAUGAGAGUGCAGUGUGUCGAACAAAUGAUUUUCUACUCGAAGCUGGCAUGGAUGCAGUGCCUCAAUUGUUACGUUUUCUCAAUUAUGAAGCAUCCCGACUGGAAGUGAUUGUUGGUUUCUAUGUGAAUGUCAUCAGGCAGCGCAUGUAUUUUGAAAGCAGUGCCAUUUAUAUUGAUCAUUACUUGGAUAUCGAGGAAACAGUGGAUAUGCUGUUCUCUAUGCUGCUUGAGAAAAUUAGUAAUUAUGUUUAUCUACAUCAUCGUGUACCUCUGGAGGCUUGUGUGAUCAAGAGAAUGAAAUUAAUAGUCAAACGGCAUUCGAAUGAAAAUUUGAGCAGUCAAGCAGAUUUACCACUUCAAUAUCGCCUCAAGCAUGAUGGCAGAGGGCCUUCACUAGCCAAAAGAAAAUCAAUAGAUCACACAUUUCUUAUGGAUAGUUUUUUAAACUAUCAUGGUCAGAGAUUUGGACAUUUUCCCGCAUCGCUGCAAGUGAAUCUUUAUUGCUUUCGCAUUUGUGCCAGUUCCAAGGAGCUUUAUGCUGUACCCUAUUUGCUGCGUGGCCAGGACACCAAUAAAACGCCCACAUAUAUCAUUCAGACCGAUGUGACUGGUGAAUUUCGUGGCUUGCAUGAGAUAAGAAAUGUUCGGAAAUUUCUAAAGACCGAUUUGCAGGAUCGCAUCGUUGAGUGUCGACAAUGUAAGGCCCAUUUCGCGGAUCGUGUUCAAUUUGCUUUACAUAGAAAAAUCGAUUGUGGGCGUAGCUUUAUGGCCUGGCAAUUAGGUGAUGCCGAUGGACCAACUAAAUCAGCUGGCAUUGAGCUGCAUGAGAAUUGUUUGCCAAUGCCGAAGAAAUACUUUAAAUACGCUUGGUUUGGCCUAAUUAAUGGAAACUAAACUGAUGAAUUUUCUAAAUAAAAUGUUUUUAAAGCAAUAUUUAACAAAUCGUUUACAAGGGGGGGUAAUCUUAAUUUCACAUGGAAAAUAUCUUUCUUGGGGAUUCCCAGAAUGUUUUGUCACGAAAAUUGUUUAAGUGUGUAAAUUACCAGCGGCCCAAAACAUUUAAAACGGUCACCCUAGAACUUGUGUUAAUUUUAACAGCAUCAUUUGCGAGCACUGUAAACGGACAUGCAAAGAAGAAAAACAACAACCACAAAGCGGAAGAAACGAAAACAAAAAGAAAUUGUUAAACCGGCAGCGCAAAAUGAACCCUUUGGAUAAAAUACACGCCCUGGACGA